GGAAACCCGACACCCGAGGGGGGCCGCGCGAGCGGAUCUCCCUUCCUGACGUAGAGCGAGGAACUCCGCGCGUGCACACACACACACACACACACACACCAUCUCUGCGCUCGCGCCUCAGAUCCAGCCCCGUUCCUUCGGCUGCCCCUCCGCGUCUCCGCUCUGCCGCCGACUUUGCCCACGCGGAUGGGGUGAGCGCGCGCCGCCCGGAGAGGAUGAGUUGCAGCGGCAGUCCGCGCCACAGGACUCCGACCCCGAACCACAGCCGCGAGCGCGGCGCGCGCCGGAGCGUGUGCCUCGCGCUGCUCUCCUUCAGGUUCUCGCCGCGCGACUAUGGCUUCUGCAUGAGCGCGCUGCUGCUCUUCUGCCUGGCCUCGCUCUUCUACCAGUGGAACGGAGGAGCGCCGCGAAUCCUGAUCGAGCUGCGGCAGUACCUCGGAGAAUCUACUUUUGUCGACGAUCAUGGACCCUAUCCCCCUAGAGUGCUGCCGUUCCCCAGCCAGGUGGUCUACAACCGGGUGGGAAAGUGCGGCAGCCGGACGGUGGUCCUUCUGCUCCGCGUCCUGGCCGAGCGCCACCAGUUCACCCUGGUAUCAUCGGACAUCCACAACAAGACUAGACUCUCGAAGCACGAGCAGGUGGGCCUGAUGAGAAAUAUCAGCAACCUUCCAAAACCAUUCCUGUUCACCCGGCACGUGCACUUUCUUAACUUCUCAAGGUUUAGAAUAGAACAGCCUGUGUACAUCAACAUCAUCAGGGAUCCCAUAAGCCGCUUCCUGUCCAACUACUUCUUCCGCCGUUUCGGAGACUGGCGAGGAGAGCAGAACCACCUCAUCCGGACUCCUGGAAUGAAAGAUUUCGAGAGAUAUCUCGACAUCAACGUUUGUAUUCUGGAGAAUUACCCAGAAUGUUCCAAUCCCCGACUCUUCUACAUCAUUCCCUAUUUCUGUGGGCAGCAUCCGCAGUGCCGAGAACCCGGCGUCUGGGCCUUGGAACGAGCCAAGAAGAACGUCUUGGAGAACUACCUUCUGGUGGGGAUCCUGGAGGAGCUGGAAGAUGUGCUCCUGUUGCUGGAACGUCUUCUGCCACACUUCUUCUCAGACGUGCUGAGCAUCUACAAAAGCCCAGAUUACAGGAAGCUGGGAAACAUGACUGGUACCGUAAAGAAGCACAUGCCCACCUUGAGGGCCCUGCAAGUGCUGUACCAGCGCAUGAAGUACGAGUACGACUUCUACUACUUCAUCCGGGACCAGUUCCACCUCAUGAAGAAGAAGAUCGGGCUCAAGUCGACCGCGCCGUCCGCCCCGCAGCCCAGCUUCCUGCUCAACCUGCCCCCUGCGACGCAGGAUGCCGACUUGGAGGAGGAGCUGGAGGAGGAUGAAGACCUGGAGGAUGCUCACAACUGGCUGGUGCAGCCGUGAACCCGUGAUGUCGACAACCAGGACACGCUCAAAAACCGGGGGCUCCGGCUCCUAGAUAGGAGCAUGCAGAAGACGGAUCUGUGCGCCCGCAGACGGACUUCCUUACUGACAGGCAUGAGCGUGUGCAAAGAAUGGACUUCAAAGUGCAGUAACCACCUUACGCUGUCUAUUUAUGAAAAGGACACUGAAGAAAGUGUCCAAUGCAGAUCUCUCGCAGUGAGGUGGACAUAACUAGGACUCAACUGACUGUCAUCACUGCGAGGAGGCUGUAGGAAAUUUGGAACAUGGUACUGCACGUCCAACAGGCAGGAUGGUGAUCCUUCAAGUGAAAGCCUUUCUGUGGGAGUUCUCGAGGACCUUCAUGGGGCUUCUGCUCACUUCAGCUACAAAAAUAGCCCAUGUUAUUGGAAGAGACAUGGAGCGUGUCCUGAUGGGAGCAUCGACUGACCGACUCGUUCUCUAAAUUAGAAGCACUGCGGUCGUCUGAACUUUGAACUCUGCACCUGCAAUACAGAUUGCAGCCAUGGGAAAGCCUGUGACUUUGACAUCUCGUUUGAUUGAGUUCCUACGAAUAGUGUUGCGGUCACCAAGGUGAAGCACAUUUGUAUCUCGCAGUCAGAGACGCUAAUUCACUCCGAACUCAAGCGUUCAUCUCAACACUCUCUUCUCCGCCGGCCUCAGGCUGCUGCUCCUCCGAAAAACAGAAAACCACAUUCUGAGCACUUAUGUGACCUGCACUCCCAGGAACAGGUUGAUUUGCUGUUCCUUGAGCAGCGAUCUUCACAUAAAUAUCUACGUACGUUUCACGAAUAAGCAAAACUGCAAAAACUAAAGGGCGCACAGGUUGCUUUGGAUAAAAAACGAAUAGCAUGGUAAAUACGUUUACAUGACCAGAAAUUUUUGUGUUAUGUAGCCAAGAUGCUUACGCCUGAAAUUAUUGAAAAUUCGAGUGUAUUUUUAUAUACGUGGCAAAGACCAGGUAUUGAACGUUCAAGGAGAAAGUGAGAUCCUACCCAGUGAAAAACCGGUUGUCAACUUAGUUACAUCAAAAUACUGUCAAUAACCGCUUUUUCUAAAGUAGGGUCAUGGUGGUCCAGAGUCAAUCCUGGAAGCACAGGGCAUUACGCUAGUCAGGGUACAGCCUAGAAGGGACAGCACUUCAUCGCAGAACAAUCAUGCACUCACUGGGGGCAAUUUAGAGUCACCGGCUCACCUGAAUCAUGUCUUUGGACUGUGGGAGGAAACCAGAGCACCUGGAGAAAACCCACAUGAACCCGGGGAGAACAUAUAAAGUCCAUACAAACUGAGUUCGGUUGGAACCCGCCUCCAAUCACAAAUCCCAGGAGCUGUGAGGUACCAGAGCUACACGCUGCUCCAACAUGCCAACCCAGAACCUACUUGACUUGAUCAGAAUUGACAGCCAUCACUACAAACACCAUCAAAGGUCACAAAGCAGCAUCACGGAGCAUCAGGAGAAGUUGGCACAUAAUGAUGUCAUACAGUAUAAAUGUGCUUCCCAUACAUCAUGUCAGUCUGGUGUAUUCUGUGUUGUCCCCCCUUCCCCAAAUAUCUUAUACUGUUUAAUUUAUUAAAUGUAUACCUUACAUUAUAGACAUGUUUCUCAGGAGAAAAGGAAGAUAUAUAUUUUCCAAAAUGUACUUCGGCAUUCGUCAGAUACUUUUCUAUUGGUGCCUGGUGAAUUUCCACAGGGCAGGAGUGAGAUUUCAAAUGCCACUGGAUUUCUGUUGCAAGAGCAAAAUAAUACAGUAGAAACAUUGAAUAAGAAUAAAAACCAUCAUCAUGUA